AGAUAAACUCAUGCGAUUAACUAAAGAUAAGCUUGAAAUAGAAUUAGAAAAACGAAAAAUUAAUUUUAAAGAAUUCAAAAGAAAUAAGUUGGUUAAUAUAUUACAAGAAAAAAUGACUCAAGAAAUAUUAGUAAAUACGAAUAAUUUAG